UUCAGCUUCACGGAAUUUUUAUUGCUCUACAAAAUCCCUGUCUUUAGGCAACUGCUCUGUGCUUGACCCUGACCCCUAAAACACGAUAUAAUCAGGGAACUUACAACCAACUGAACAGAAUUGCUGAUGUUUCGUGAGCUUUUUAAAAUUUGCGCGCCAUUAAUUGGUUUCCGGAACUGGAUAUAGCCGACAUUGUCGUUAUUCUCAGCUCUCCUGUUUUGGUUUAGACGAAUGGAUUUGUUUUGGGCCGGUUCUCUAUUUUGUCAGUUUCAGUUCCCCUGCAGAAUCGGAAGACUCACCCCCUAGAAAGAAGAAGAAGUUUCAGAGAUAACGUGUUUUUUUUUAUUAGUGAAAAACAUUUGCUUUGAAGCAAAAUUUAGUCCUUGUCAGUCUUGCAGAAACCUGCCAUUCAUUAGGUUCUCUGUCAACUGCUUUUUACAGUUUUUAAAAUAUUUAACAGAUCAACCGGCAAUCAUAACAGUUGAAAGAAGUUCCCCGCUUAAGAAAAAUACAUGAUGGAGGGUUCCAGUGGUGAUAAUGUUCAAAAGAGCUCUGAAACCUCUGAGACCAACAAUGAAACUACUACUCCUCCUCGUACUUCCUGCCCUUAUCAAAGCUCUGUCAAAGAAAACAGGGACUCUAAAUCUGAAGAGCCCCGACUUCACACUGAAGGUGUUAGCGAGUUUCUAACACACUACGAGAGAUCAGGUUACACUGAAGAUUCCCUUCGUCAGUUUGUUGUAUUGGAUGAACUUGGCAGUGAGAAGGAUCGAAAGAGGAAGAGAGGUGGAGAAGGGUGUGAAGACGAACCUGAAGAUGAGGGAGAUGAAGAAGGGGAUGGAGAUGAAAAUGACAGUGAGGAAGAUGAUCAAGAAGACAACAAUGACAGUAGUGAUUCAUAUUAUGAAGAAACAGAUCACUCUGAUGUAUCGGAUGAUGAAAUAGAGAAAAUGCUGGAGGAAGGUCUCUCAGAGAAGUACAAAGUUAAGAGACAGAAGCUUGCCAAUGGAAGAUACGCAAAGAAAUUGGAUCCAGGGCAGUAUGAAAACCGAAGAAAACUUGUGUUGGACGAGAUCUGUACCAACCAUUUUGAGCUGUUGCCUGAAGGUUGGGUCCAGGUCACUCAUAAUACUGGCAUACCUAUAUAUCUUCAUAAAACUACAAGGGUCUGCACGACUGCAAUGCCUUAUUUUUUGGGUCCAGGAAGUGCUAGAAAACACAAGGUUCCAAUGAGUGCUGUACCCUGUUUGCAGUAUCGCAAAGCUCUAGAUAAAGAAAAAUGUGGUGUGCAAAAAUAUAUAAGAUCUGAAAACACCGCUCUUGGGAACCAAAAUAAUGAAUCAGAACGGAGUUCAUUUGAAGGGAGAGAAACUAAAGUAGAUUGUGCAAGUGAUGGCAAAACCAGUGCAAAUCUGGAUAAAGAAGAAGAGGCUGGUAAUAUUGUCUUAUUCAUUUUGUCACCAGCUAAGUCACAGGAGCAGAGUUCUAACAGUGCACCAUUACCUGCCGCUCGUAUUGAGACUGCUAGAGAGAAUGCUGAGGCUAUAAAUUUAAGUCAUGUAGAGCUUCGUGAAUAUUGUCAACGACUAUUCCGAUUCAAGACUAUAGAAGUGAUGAGAUUCAAGACUUGGGCUGAAAGGAGGAAGUUUGCUAAAAUCAAAAAGAAGGAAAGACAGCUGCAAAGGCCUUCCCUUCCGGACGGAACGAAAUUGAUCACAUUUCCAAUAUUAGAAGGAGGAGAUUCAAAUUCUAAUGGACGAACAAAAAAAGAGUGGAUUAUGAAUCCUAAUGGCAAAAGCUAUGUCUGCAUUCUACAUGAAUAUGUCCAGCAUGCUCUAAAAAAGCAACCUGUUUAUGAAUUUAAAGAUUUGGAAAACCCUGCAACACCCUAUUCUGCAACUGUUUCCAUCAACAAGAUGAAAUAUGGAACAGGAGUUGGUACUAGUAAGAAGCAAGCAAAAGCAGAAGCUGCAAAAUUGACUCUUGAAAUAUUAAUUCCAGAAAUGCGUCAAAAAAUUGAAAAUGAUAGUCAUAAAGGCGGCCGUGGACCAGGCCGCUCUCAAAACUCUGAUCUAUCCUUCUUUGAUGAUAUUAAAAUUGAGGAUCCACGUGUGCACGAAUUCUGUGCCAAGACAACAGAGCCAUCACCUUAUGCCAUUCUUCUCACAUGCUUAAAAAGGAAUUUUGGUUUGAGUGACAUAGACAUUAAAUACCAAGUGAAUACUCUCAGACAUCAGAAAAAUGAGUUUAUAAUGUCAGUGGGAAAUCAUUCAGCCACUGUAAUUUGUAAAAAUAAGAGGGAGGGCAAACAACGUGCAUCUCAGUCAAUACUCCAGGCAAUGCAUCCUCAUAUUAACAACUGGGGAUCUUUAUUGCGGUUGUAUGGAAGUAGAUCCAUUAAAACUCCACGUGAGAAAAAAAUUGAGGAACAAGAAAUUACUACACUUCAAAAUCGAGCUGCUGCAAAUCAACCUAAUUAUGCUAUUUUGGAUAAGUUAAAGGAAGCCAUGAUAAAACUAGCAGAGAGUCGAGAUGCUGUCAAACCAAUUGGAGAAUUUGUGCCUCCUGAUGACAUUGCAUUGCCAACUACAUCGUCAUCAAACCUCAACAACAUUGAGCUUUAGAACUAGGUGGUCUUACAAGACUCUUAAGAAAAUUUGUGAUACAAUAAGUCCAAAAGUUUUAUUUGUUAAGUGAUAUUUAAUUUCAAAAUAUUCACCUUAUUUGACUGUUACCAAAUAAAUAAUUAAUUAAAGAA